GAAGGAGGCGGGGCGAAUCUGGCUGCGCGUGCAGAUGACAGUUGCUGAGCCAAGAUGGCGGCAACUGUGUUCCGAGUCGCUUUGCAGGACUGGAGGAGCUGCGUCCGGUGGAGCUACGGGCGACGGCAGCUGAGCCAGACCCAGGGCCCUCCUGAUAACCCCAGCUUUGUGGAGUCUGAGGAUGAAUACCAAUUUGUGGAGCGCCUGUUCCCCCCUACCAAAAUCCCAGAGCCACCAAAACAUAAACAUUAUCCCACUCCUAGUGGUUGGCAGCCUCCCAGAGAUCCCCUUCCCAGCUUGCCCUAUUUUGUUCGUCGCUCUCGGAUGCACAACAUCCCUGUCUACAAGCAGAUCACACACGGGAACCGACAGAUGACCUUGAUUCGGAAGGUGGAGGGUGACAUCUGGGCUUUACAGAAGGAUGUGGAAGAAUUUUUGAGCCCACUGCUGGGAAAGACACCUGUCACCCAGGUUAAUGAGGUGACAGGUACUCUGCGAAUCAAGGGCUACUUUGAUGAGCAACUUAAAGCCUGGCUUCUUGAGAAGGGCUUCUGAGGCCUGGUAUGACGUCAGCCCAGGUGCAGUGCUCUCCAGACUGACAUCCAGAGAGGAAGUAGACCUGUAUGUACAAGUGUCCACUUGAGAGCUGUCCUAUAUGGGAGUCCCACAGCAACAAUCAACCUAACAAAGGCAGACAUUAACUGCUACACAGAUAAUCUCUUGUGCAUUGUGUGGAAGCAUCACCUGUCAAUAAAAAGCUGAUGCCCAGUGAGCUGAGGCAGGAUUAGAAUGUGGGAAGUCUGACGGGGAGAUUUGAACUCCAGGAUAGUCGGACUGUGGACUCUAAGGAAGCAGGACGCAUCAAACUGAGGCGAGGUAACGAACCACCACGUGGCAGACUAGCAUAGUUUUAAGAGGUUAAAUGAGAUCUGAACUAGUGGGAAGAAGCCUAGUUUACGGCCGUAAGUAUUGUACACACAAAUGAGCCUAUAAUACAGGAACUGGGCUGGGUGCCAGUGGGAAAGCCCAAGGUUACAAACUUCUCUUUAUAAACUGUGGUACAUUCCUUUAUGUUAGCUGUUCUGGAAGCAAGUGCCCAACCCUGUUCUGGUGCUUCACAGGAUAGACCCAUCAGGGAAUCCAUCCUUGGCCUGGAGUUUUUGUCAUACAUAGAAGCUAUGGAACAGGUGACACAAUACAGGACAAUGGCAUGGACUGGGUGGAUUGUAGAGACAGACAAAAUAAGAUCUUAGGUUCUGAGUGCUGUACUAGGUAGGGUUGGGGAAUCGUCCUGUGACCUGGAAUCAACUAUACAGGAGUUUGAAGACAAAAUGUAGACCUUUCGCUUCUGGCGCCCACCCCACCAGCCACGUGUCCAACCCACCAUUAAACUGGCUAAACAAUGUUAAA